AGUGUUUUUGUUUUGGGUUGAAGUUGAGGCUUUGGAGAGAACCGAGCCCGCGACUGGCAGUCGUCGCGGCCGCGGACGCCGCGGGCGGUGGUGGAGGCCCCGCGGGACUCGAGCGGUCUGUCCUCCGCGUCGGACGGGCGGGCCUCGCGUUACCGUCUCCGCCUCCCGCUCCCGGAACUCCCGGGCCUGCCCUGGCCCCUGUCUUUGCACUCCGCACGCCGCAGCGCCCUGUCCGGGCCGCACCCGCUGGCCCCAUGAGGAGGGACGUGAACGGAGUGACCAAGAGCAGGUUUGAGAUGUUCUCAAACAGUGAUGAAGCUGUAAUCAAUAAAAAACUUCCCAAAGAACUCCUCCUAAGGAUAUUUUCUUUCCUGGACGUUGUUACCUUGUGUCGCUGUGCUCAGGUCUCCAGGGCUUGGAAUGUCCUAGCUCUGGACGGCAGUAACUGGCAGCGAAUUGACCUGUUUGAUUUCCAGAGGGAUAUUGAGGGCCGAGUAGUAGAAAAUAUUUCAAAACGAUGUGGAGGCUUUUUACGAAAGUUAAGUCUUCGUGGUUGUCUUGGAGUAGGAGACAAUGCAUUAAGGACUUUUGCACAAAAUUGUAGGAAUAUUGAAGUACUGAAUCUGAAUGGGUGUACAAAGACAACAGAUGCUACCUGUACUAGCCUUAGCAAGUUCUGCUCCAAACUCAGGCACCUCGACUUGGCUUCCUGUACAUCAAUAACAAACAUGUCUCUCAAAGCUCUGAGUGAGGGGUGUCCACUGUUGGAGCAGUUGAACAUUUCCUGGUGUGACCAAGUAACCAAGGAUGGCAUUCAAGCACUAGUGAGAGGCUGUGGGGGUCUCAAGGCCUUGUUCUUAAAAGGCUGCACACAGCUGGAAGAUGAAGCUCUCAAGUACAUAGGUGCACACUGCCCUGAGCUGGUGACUUUGAACCUGCAGACUUGCUUACAAAUCACAGAUGAAGGUCUCAUCACCAUAUGCAGAGGGUGUCAUAAGCUGCAGUCCCUCUGUGCUUCUGGGUGCUCCAAUAUCACAGAUGCCAUCCUGAACGCACUAGGUCAGAACUGCCCUCGGCUUAGAAUACUAGAAGUGGCCAGAUGUUCCCAGUUAACAGAUGUGGGCUUCACUACUCUGGCCAGGAACUGCCAUGAGCUUGAAAAGAUGGACCUAGAAGAAUGUGUUCAGAUCACAGACAGCACAUUAAUCCAGCUUUCUAUACACUGUCCUCGGCUUCAAGUAUUGAGUCUUUCACACUGUGAGCUGAUCACAGAUGAUGGGAUUCGUCACCUAGGGAAUGGGGCCUGCGCCCAUGACCAGCUGGAGGUGAUUGAGCUGGACAACUGCCCACUAAUCACCGACGCGUCCCUGGAACACUUGAAGAGCUGUCACAGCCUUGAGCGGAUAGAACUCUAUGACUGCCAGCAAAUCACGAGAGCUGGAAUCAAGAGACUCAGGACCCAUUUACCCAACAUUAAAGUCCACGCCUACUUCGCCCCUGUCACUCCGCCCCCAUCAGUAGGAGGCAGCAGACAGCGCUUCUGCAGGUGCUGCAUCAUCCUAUGACGGUGGAGGUGGUCAGCUCGGUGUGUGAACUGAGUACUUAAUGACACUUCGAGACUUACCGUGGAGUCUCUCCAGUGGAAGCGAACCCAGGAUUCUGGGCAAGGGUUCCAAAAGCGAGGGCAGCGUCCAGAUCCCCAGAGCCACACGUCCACAGGCACAUGCCCUCACCCCAUCCGCUGCAGUCCGUGAUCAUGGCACUGAAGUUCGUACUGGCUGUACCAAGUGGAGUGGUAAAACUUAACCAUUCCUAUUGGACGUGCCCAGAAGAAAUCUUAGGCCGUGGUAGAGGGAGGGGACAUUCCAGCAAAACCCAGUUACUGCUACUGUGGUUUCUUUAUUUUAUUAAAGGGUUUCUGUGGGGAUUUUGAAACAGUAACUGCAAUCUUCCAGGGUGAAAGUUUGUAGCAUGGAAAACAAUAUAUGAUGAAUCCAGGGACCAGAAAGAAAAUUUCUUUGCAUCCUAGAAAUGGUAGCCAUCCAUUGGGAGAUGCUUACGAAACUUCUGCGCUUCCUUGUUUCCAUGCCAACAUGCUGAGCAUGCUCACAAAGAAGGCUCGCCCACUCAUCUGGUGUUUUAGUAUUUGGCCCAGAAGUUUCCUUAGCAGCUGUAUUGAAAUUGCUGGGGUCCAGAUAUGAGUCCUUUUCCUUAGCUGCUCAGUCUGUCCCUGUCACUGUGCACCCGUCUAUCUCCUUUGCUCACCGCUGCACUCGGGCUCAGUCUGCUCCAGUCACGGUCUGCUGCUCACACUCAAUUGUUACUCCCUUGCUGUUGUGUUUACAGUUUGCAUUUGGGAUGAUUAGUUGGGGUUACCAAACAUUUUUAAAAGAAACAACAAUAAAUAUUUUUUUAAUCUAAAUUUUACCAUUAGGGGACCCUGCCUGAAUCUUUGCCAGUCUGUAAGGAAAACUUAAUGGGAGCGGGAAAGUUAGGAUAAGAAAGAGUCGAACUGUUUGGAUGAAAGGAAACUUUGCCUUUUGGUUUCUGUUGUAUCUUCUGUUCUCAAUGUCCCCUACACAUUUCCCUCUUCCAAACCUUGUGAGCGUAUUAAGAAAGGAGAAGUGCAUCAUUAGUAUGAAGUGGAUGGCAAAUCCCCAAACAAAGCCCGGAUGUCCCCACUACCCAAGCUCAAGCACAAAUGGCCCAUGUUGUCCUGUGUUGACAGGAACAUGGUGAGAUCUCUGCCUGUCUGCAGAGUUACUUGAGUUACUUGCGGGGAUUGGGGUGGUUACAGUUAGUUUCUGGAGCCCCUCCCCUGUUUAAUCCCACCAGGGAUACUAGAAGAGCUCUGUAACACCAGCUGCCUAGGUCAGGUUAGCAGGGUUGUGUCGAACGGUGACACCUCAGAAGACCCAAGCGUAGCAGCCCGCUCUCUCUUGCUCACUGCAGACUUCCUCUGAGUGGGAUAUGAAGGCAGCCAGGCAGGGGCAUUGGGUUAGCCAGAGAACCUUGAGAGGGAGUAAGGGGCUCAGUGUCUAUACCAAGCCUGGGACCUGGCCCCCCCAGCUGAGAAAAGGGGUUUAGUACCUAGUACCUAUGGCUCAGAGUCAAGAAGAAGCCUCUUCAAAAAAAAAAAAAAAAGACUCACAGAAAAUGAGAGAAGUUAAAUGGGUUUCUAAAGCAUAUUUCUAAACUCCAAUGUAAGAGGCCUUGUGUGAUGUCUAAUAGGGUGUUGGGGGAAAGGCUUUUUAGGAUGUGGAUGUGCAAGCCAAUAUGAUCCCAAGAUGUUAAAAGGGUUGUUUUAAUGCUAUAGGUACUGGUUCUACCAGAAUAUAUAAGAAUAAAGUCUGAUCUAUUUCUCCAUUAAUGUAGAAAACAAUCAGAUGGAAAGGUCCUAGAAUUCUAUACUACCAGAUUUAUUUAUCAUAUUAAAUGUAUUGAAAAUCUUAUUUUAUUAUGCUCUUUUGAAAGCUAAAUUACUUGUGCUUUUUUAUUCCUUCUCCCCCUUACGUUCAAAUUACCUUGCAAGAAAUUUCUUUUUUCCUCUGAGACCAUUGGUUGUGUUGCCAAGCCUUGGCACCUGGGCUCCAAUUCCCCUCCCCCUCAGCCAGCAUCCUGAGUGAAUGGGACUGCAGUGGCUCACACUGCUUUACCUGGCAGGAAUAUUUUGCACACCUCCACCACCAGAGACAAAGUCUUACUCUGUAACCCUGGCUGGCCUGGAAUUUGUGGUUAUCUUCCUGCCUCAGCCUCCCAAAUGCUAGGAUUAUAGGUGCAAGCCUCCAUAUCGAACUCAUCAUACUUUUAAAGUUUGACUCAGUGCACACAGAUGUAUACCCACUUCCAAGUGUGUUUAGAUUUAGACCCCUAAGUCUCUCAAACAAAGCUAUCAGCUCUAAACUGUGUUGUUUGAUUUUGUCCCCGAAGUGCCUAAAGAGUUGGCAGUAAAGCCUGAGCACUAACGGUUAGAAGACGUACAUUUGAACUGCCCGAGUGGAAGCCAUUCAAUCACGUCUUCUUUCCAUUCAAGGUUGAAGGAGUCUGCUACUCACCAGUAUGUCAGAGGUCUUGAAAAUGCUGUUUUUCUUCUCAGAGUCUGUUGCCACAUGCAGGCUCAUCGGAUUGGUCUUGGUGGCCUUUGCUGUUAAACAAAAGGAGAAGACCUGUGGCUGUGCGGCCCUGUGCGUAUGGUCAGGCAGGGACAUGUUCCUUUCUCAAGUAACAUCAGGCCCAUCAUGCUUGGAGGAAAAGAAAUGUUUUUUAAAUGUUGAUUUGAAUCCUACACCAGCUUAUUACACCAAGACUCUGUGGUAAGUUUCAAUCAGGUGGAAAGAGCCCUGACAUCUGAAUAUAAAUGCUUCCUGUCUACAUGUGCAGAAUACCUCUAAGAAUUCAGUAGGGUUUUGGUGUGGUUGCUUGGGUUUGGGGUUGUUUUCGGGGCCAUGGAUGGAACCCGGGGCCCUUGCACACAUGUUCUCUACCACUGAGCUAUAGUUCCAGCCCCUAGUAAAACUUAACAUGAGAAAUUCCCCUUUGGAAAAGCCUAUUGGGGGUUGCCAAGACGACUGGGAAGGGCAAAGCGCUUGCCAUGCAAUCCUGAUAAUGGAGUUUGGCCUCGGAACCCACAUAAAAGAGCUGGAUGUAAUGUGCACCCAUGAUUCCAGCACUCCCGUAACAGAGACUUGAGGGCCAGCCGUCCUGGAGCACAUAGCAUGGGCAGAAACGAGAGACACCUUGUCUUUAGAGGAUGUGGAAGGAGAGAUUGACUCCAGAAAGUUGUCCUUUGACCUCCACACAAGCUGGCAUGCAUGUGCCUGCGCUCGCACAAUAAAAACAUAAUUAGGAAGAAAAUAAAAGCUCUGGGAGCCAGGUGUGGUGGCGUGUGUCUGUAAUCCCAGCACGAAAGAAGCAGAAGCAGGAUUCCUGCAAGAGCCAGGCCAGGUUGGGAUAGAUAGCGCGAGACUACCUCUGAAAGGAGGAAGAAGCCUGUGGGUCCAUUUGUCUAAUUCUACACUGUAGAUGUAACCAACGGUCUUAUAAAAUAAGAAACACAGAGCCAAUUCAGAGAAGAAAGCCAAGAGGUCAGAGCUAAGAGUUUACUUGGUCGGGUCUGAGCGGCUGUGGGACUGGCAGGUGAGAGAGAUUUGUCCUGACUGUGGGUCAGGCAGGAAAACUCUAGCUACACUACACCCACUCCAGAAUAUGCCUUUUAUGAUGAAAAAAAAUGUGAACGGCAGGAAGAUCUAGAAUUAAAUGGGCAUAAUUAAGAUGGCACCCAUGAUCUCAGAGUUUGAGGUCAGCCUCAGCUGCAUAGUGACAUUCUUUUUCAACAUGCCAAGUAAAAAGAAUAAGAUGUUGAAUAAUAACCCUCAAAGAGGUUGCCCAAAGCCUCAGAGUGGCCAGGAGGAAUUGUCUGGAGGAAGUUCUUGACUACACAGAUAAUCUUUAUUUGUGAGCAGGGUCCCCAUGUCAUCUGUCGUGUUCUGCCACCAAUCACUGCUACAUCUCUAUCAGCCCUACUAAGACCACUAAGGUGGUCACUGUCUUACCAGUUCUUCCACCACCUGCCUCUGGCCUCUGUUUGAACCUCUUUCUAUCGUGGGAUGUGUCCAGUCCAGCGUCUUGGGAUCCCUUUCCUGCAGGCUGUCAGGGGCAGCAUUGAACCUAGGACCUGUCGAGCGGAAGUGGCUCAGGUCAUUUCUUACUUGAUGGUCCUUAAUGUUUGGUGUUUGGCUUUGAGUUAAAUUUGAGGUCAAACUGAUGGCUUUGAAAGAGUAAAGGGACCUAACUUCCGUUAGUAUUUGGCAUAUGAAAGCGCAGUGUGCUUAAUGUUUUAAAAAUGCAUUUUAUUUUCCCUACUCUGACCUUUACACCUCUUCUGGAUGUAAAAGGAUCCCUCAGAUAGUUUUUGUAGUUUCUGGUCAGAUUUCUAUGUCUAAUUUAGCAGAUGUAAGUCAAAAAACGGUAUUUUAAUCAUUUUCAAGGGAAACUUGGUGAAUAACUUCCCAUGUUCUGUUUGGGGCGUUCUAUACUGUUUAGAAUGUUCGUUGUUAUAAUUCAUUCAUUAUGAAUGAAUGCUGUGGGCCACUGAAGUCCAGGCUGGACUGUUUGUAGCUGUGAGGCACUGAAUUCCAUUUGGUUUUUUUUUUUUUUUUUUUUUUUUUUUUUUUAGUUAUCUUGUAAACUGUGUUUGGAGCAUGCCUUGACCUGAUAUGGUUAGGAAGUGUGAGAGUUGUCCCUGGAAAGAGGAGAGUGACUUCCUGUCUGUCUGUGUGGCCAGCCCCUUAGGUGACAGUGUUGAGACUUUAUGAUUGAUCUUCGUUGAGAUGGUUCAGCAGGUCAGUGUAUGUCCUGGACAUGCCUGGCACCUGAGUUCUGACAGUGAAAAGACAGAACUGGCUGCUGAAGGUUGUCCUCUGACUUCGGGAUGGACACCAUGGAAUGCACACACACAUGCACACAUGCUGUAAUAAUAAAUCAAAUGCUUUUUUGUUUGUUUGCUUUUUGAGACAGGGCUUCUCUGUGUAGCCCUGACUGUACUGAAACUCAUUCUGUAGACCAGGCUGGCCUCGAACUCAGAGAGUUAUCUGCCUGCCUCUGCCUCCCGGGUGCUGAGAUUAAAUGUGUGGGCCGCUGUCGCCACCACCACCACCUGGCAAUAAAUAAAAUGCAAGACUUAUUUCUCUUAAAGUCGGGCAGCUCAUCCAGUUGUUGUCAGUGAGAAGGUGGACAAGGAAAGAGCCCUCCCUGUUGGACCUUUGCUGCGUUGUACAGAUGGGUUUCUGUCCUACGGGUCCUGCUGAGAGGCCAGGGAUUAACCCAGCCUUGUCUAAGAAGAGCUAGAGAAUGUUUGGUUGGAGGUCUUGAAGCAGAAACCCUUAAAUGACCUGAGGACAAAAAAUUCUAAAUCAGAAGGAUGAGGGGGAGUAAGAAUCUCACUUUGUCACCUUUAUUUUUAUCUUAGAUUUGCAUUGGAAGAUGCAGAAAGCCAUGUAUCAAUAGGGUGUGAUUAGCCCUGCUGGUUUGAGAAUAAAAUUUGGCUGUAAAUGCUAUAUCCAAAUGUCCCGACUUCACAUCUUCAUUCUCCAGCGGAGAAUAUACACUGUUUAAGCACUGGCUGCUGUAACCCUCCCUACCUUUUUUUCUUUUAACCUGCCGGAAACUACCCCAGGAGGCCGGUGAGUUUUUAUAUGAAGGGCUUCUGCAGCUUCCUGUUCAAGCCAAGUCUGCCUGUGUUGUCCAUUUUGAGUCCUACAUCUCUGGAGGCUUUGAUCCCGUAGGCUCUUAGGAAAGCCAGUUCAUUAGCCUCUCACUUUAGUCUGAGUGAAUCUUGGGAGUUGAAGAAAGUUACAUGUAAUAUUCAGGAGGAAAGGCUUUUGUUCUAUAGAUCACAUGGGGGGAUGUUGGAGACUACAUUCAUCUGCAAAUCCUCGAUCUCUGCCCUGUGAGGGUUUGGUCUUAAGACUUUGUGGAGUUGAAUUUGCACAUGAGUGUGGGUGCAUCUCAGCCAGAGUGGUGCCUAGAGCCAGGAGCAAGCAGAAAGCUGGUGACCCCUUUCUGCUGUGUGCUUUCCAGCAUCUUCUCCUGAGUUGGCAGUCAGAAAUGAUAGCAGGGCUCGGGGGAGAGGAUCAUUCUAGAACUGGGAUGCUUUGCCUCAGGAAGAGCAUCUGUCCUGAGCUCAGGACUGCUGCUUCCCAUGAGUCACUGUGUGUCUUCAUCUCAUCAACUCCAUGCCCCUUUGGUGGCAAGAAGGGCUUUCCUGCUGCUUCUGGGUGUGGCUUUGGUGCCAGGACAGGAGUGUGGGACAGUGAAUAACAGUCUUCACCCUAGGAGGAGGUAGUGGGAAAGGGGUGUCUCCUACCAAACCCCCAGAACUGGGAGAGCUAAGAUCUUUGAAGUAUUGUCUCUCUGCUCCACUAACUACCUGUGUUAACUCAGAUCCGCUCUGAGUUGCUGCUUGUGUAUGUUUCUCCCCUCACCCUAACAUUUCUCAGCCCCUGAAAACAUUCAUCCACUCAUUUUUAGUGUCACUAAAGAAUGAGGACUUCUAAAGUCUUAGAAAAUCUACUUGAAAUUGACUGAGUGGUCUCACCCGUUGGUUUAUUGCUCUCCUGAGAGACACGUGACUCCCCCAGUACUGCAACAGGACUUGAAUAAGUGGCCCUGUGCCGUGCUCUCCGGGUUUACAUAGAAGGUCUGUCCCCUUGUACACAAAGGAUCAUUUCUCCAUUUCGGAUGACUGUUACUUUCUAUCGCAUACAGGAAAGGGGAGCCUGAUACCUUUGACGCUCAUCCUUUCCACACCCAGACAUAAUGCACUACCUUGUAGAUCCUGUUGACACAUGUCCCAGAAGCUUUAUCAACUCUUCCUCCCCAUGAUGUGACCGCAGAACUGACCCCUAGGAUCAGUGAUCACUACAUCAGAGGGUGUCUGGAAAAGGCUUCAACCUGCCUUUCUCCCCCAUUCCUAUUUGACCCACUCUGGCCGCCUCCUUUUUCCUCCCAGGCAUUAGUUCCAGUUAGUAUUUCCUGGUGGUUCUGCUCACCUUGCCCACCUUCCAGUGCCCCUGAGAGCACAGACCUGAGUGGUCAGUGGCCUGUGCAGAGCUCAGAGCUUCCUGUCAGACUGCUCAAGGACAUAGAUGGGUACCUGGUGCUGUCUGAGGAGAUCUGUCCUCUUCGCUCCCGCCGACUCCCUGAGGGGUAGCCGGACAGUCGCAUGGUUGUGAACCCCAUGCCCCAGCUGCUGAGCCUGACCUGGACUUUGCUGUAUGGGAGCUGCUGCUUGCUCGUUUCUCACCAGGCCUGCGCCAACACUCAGCCACUCCCCAGGCCCCGCACAGCCCCCAGUGGGGACUUACAGGUUCCAUUAGCUAAGUGACUGUAUGUACAAUACUUCCAACACCCAAGGAUGUGGGGGUGAGGAGGAUUGUUUGAAAUAAAUAAAAUCCAAGGAGGCAGUAGACAAUUCUUUUUGCUUUAAAAUCUUUGGACUAAAGAAAUGUUUUUAUAUAUAUAUAUAAAUAUAUAAAGUAAAUUGUUAUGUAACUAUUAUUGUUUCCUGUAUGUCCUAAUUUUGUUUUAUGAUGUAAUUAAAGGAAAUAAGCUGUGAA